GAGAUGCCCCUACUCCCAUAGGAUACUUACAAAAUACGUUUGCUACUGACAACCCAGUACAGUCUAUGUCACUACACCCUACUACCCAUUAUAGGCUUAGACGAACCACUACACCUCCUUAUACACCUCAUCCUAAGGUAAAAAGGUCUUUACCCCCUAUACCUUAUGCCCCCCAACAUAAAGUUCGAUGUGGUGAUAGACAUGAAUGGAGUUGGAGCGAAAGUGAUAAGAAUCAAACUCAAGGUAAUUUUUCCUGCCCUGCUAACCAAAAGUGUCAGGUUUAUAAUAUAAUAUAA